CCACUCUCUCCCUCCCUCCUUCUUAUUCCUCCUCCUCCUUCUCCUCCAUCCUCAAUGUAGUGACAGGAUUUGUAACGUCAGUCUCGUGCAUGCCUCUUGUGUUUGUGUGUUUUCGGAUGUGUGUGUGGUUGGCUGGAGGAGUUACCACCGAAGCUCCUGUAGACAGACAUUUUCUCAUCCUCCGGGCUUUCCAUAAUCUGUCAGAUUAAACCAGCGCUGGAUGAGACGGACCCCCUUUGCGCUCCUGCGUCUCCAUCAUCCUCCUGUGAGCCGAAACACCACCCCAUUUUCUUCUUCUUCUUCUUCUUCUUCUUCUUCUUCUUCUCUGUUAUUUAUAUAAAUCCAACAAACCGAUGUCUUCUUCCUCGCUGAAAAUGACAGCCGAGCUGCCUGAGCGCUGUCCGCGGUGCUGAAACUCCCGCGACCUUCCACCUGCCGCGAAGAAAAGGCGGGUUUGAUGCGUCUCCGGCAGACAUUUGACGCAAAACCAAGCCCGCUAGUUACAUGCAGAACCGAGGACAAGUGGCGGAAAGGGUCGAACUACCUGUUAGCUUCACCGGGCUCGGGGAUUAUGGUGCCUCUGCUGCGCGACGGGACUGAGAAGUGUCGUUUCAUAUUCAUUCCGCAUCUUUGAAAUCGCAGCUGACCUACUUUGUGCGAGUUGGGAGAAUCAAACCGACGCAGGGGAGGAAGAAGAAGCAGUGCGGACUGUUGUUGUAAGAGGUGAAGGUGAUGUGGGAACAGUGGUGACCCCGUGGGGAAACUUCUAGUGAAACGCAGGAGAGUUAAAAAGAGGGGAGAGAGGAAGAGGAGAAGGCGUGUAGAAGAGCCAGAGGUGCGUGCACGGAGACAGAGAAGGUUAUGACCGCGUCUCUCCACCUGGACCUCGGGCUGCUGCUGCUGCUGCUGCUGGCCUGCUGGCGAACACCGGGGAUGGUCGGAGCAACUGUGCCAGCAGCUCCGGUGAAUGUCUCAGUGACCCAGCUGAGGGCGCACUCAGCCAUGGUGACCUGGAACGUCCCUCAGGGAGACACCGUCAUUGGAUACUCCAUCUCACAGCAGAGGCAGGAUGGCCAGAUGCAGCGCUCCAUCCGCGAGGUGAACACGUCCAGCCGCUGGUGCGUGCUGUGGGACCUGGACGAGGACACACACUACAGCGUCCAGGUGCAGUCUGUUGGGCCACAUGGUGACAGCCAGCCCAGCCGUGCCAUCCACUUCAGGACUUUGGAGAGGAGUGACCAUUAUCCAGCUGGAGUCCUGGAUCACCACGAACCGGCGAUGGAAGGUCUUGGCAUGACUCCUCACUUACAGACAGGAGAGCUGCUCAUUAUCACCACUGUGCUGCUGCUGUGGGCAGCUGUCAUCGCCCUCUUCUGCCGACAGUAUGACAUCAUCAAAGACAAUGACUCCAACGGCAGCAAAGAGAAAGCCAAGAGGCCGCUGGUCCACGCCACUUCCUCCUACUACAACGCUUCAGCCGGCAGCUCGCCCAUUUACCACAACGGAGCCGUGCGCAGCAGCAGGGUGACUCAUUUUCUGCUACCCGAACUUCAUUAAGAAAACAUCUUCUCAAACUUCUCCUCCGUCGCUUUCAUUUUGUUGCAGCACCUCUCUAUAAUGCAUGAUCAUUCUUGGCUGCCAGGAGUAUUUUGUUUCCUCUCUAAAGAGCCUUUGUAGUUGCAUCAGAGAUCUCCUAGCAACCAAGGCUGCUGCCAUCAUGGCUAAAUAUAAAACAACCAGGCUGAAGACAGAGAGAGCUUGUUGGGUUGUUGCUGUGGAUCUAAUCAGCGACAGAAAAAGUGAGCAGUCUGACGAGGUGGAUUUGUUUCCAAAUAUAAGACAAAAAAGUGGAGUUUGAGGCGAGUCAGAUCAGUCAGCGCUAGCUGUCACUGCAAAGUGAUCACUCAGUUCUCUUAAGAUGACAAGGUGUCAUUUUGAAAGAUCAAUUGGUGGUGAAUGAAUGAUGUGUCAGAAUGUGUUCUAUAAUGCGACACUUAAAACAAAGGCCAGGAUCACACUGAACAUUUCUGUAUGUAGCUUUUGACAUGCGCAAGCUGAUUUCAAGCCGACUGAGGGUCUGUCUCCGCAGCUGUUAAAUGGAUGUAUUAAGACCUGGAUACAGCAUUAGAGGCCAGACCCUGUUCAUUCCAAUGACAGGUGCUUAGUGGCACAGAUAGCCAUAAAAUCUUUAUUUACGCUGUAUGAAAUUACUUGGAUGAUCUGUGCUGAUUCAGCAUCAUUGGGCCCAAAGAGCAGGCGCAGUAGAGACUUUGACCAAGCAUGCCAGCUACUUCCAGUUUAGCACUCCAGUACCUUGAAUGGGGAUAAGAAAGAUUUAAUCUUGCAGCUUUUCUAGAUUUUCUAAAUGUUAUCAGACCAAACUGAUUAAGUCCUGAUAGUAAAACAAGUCAAGUCACACUCAAAAAAAAUGUAUUCACUGAUUUAAAGACAUCACUUUCCCAAUGUAAGUCAAUGGGAAGAAAGUUUUUUUGGGCUGCAUGGCAUCAUGUGACUGGCUCGGGAGUUUUUAUUCUACUGUUUGGCCAUUACAGAAAUUGACUUAAAAGCCUGGGCGCCUGAUCUGGACUCCUAGUCAGGCCCCCAGACACUGCUCAGCCUUCUAGCAAAUUUUUCCCAGUGGUCAUUCAUGGUGUUGCAGAAAAAAAUCCCCUGCAGCCAACACA